GCUAAACCGAUUCAAAUUAAUAAAUAUUUACCAGACAAUAUGGCCGCUCGUAAACGACCAGCUUUGAGCAAUCUAUAUAACUAUAUAUGUAUCAUUGACCCUGUUAAUGACAACAUGACAACAGGGUUGCCAUAUCUAAACUGUCAUUACCCACUGGUAGCCAUUUGGACAGGUCGUUGGAAUGCCUAAUAGAGUCGGAAGAAGAAAAUUCAUCUGUCAUGUGUCACUAGUGGCGGUGUCAAAAGUUUCUGUUGAUGGUUGCAUUUAUAAUAAAAUAAUUUAGUAAAAUGUGUACUAUAAAUAAUGUAAAGGGAGAUAUAGAAAUUCAAAGAUUGCCGGUAAAUGCUGAAGAAUAUUUAAUCAAUGACUGGACAAUAAAAUAUACAAAAUCACACAUUCUUCAUUCGAUAUGUACUACUAAUGAAAUAUGUACAUCUCAUCCUGAACAACGAUGUCUUUUGUGCGUAUAUUUAAAUGAACUUGAAUUGCCCCACUUACCAGAAAUGGUUUUUGCUAACAAUACUUUAACUCUAAAUCAUAAAUCUGGUCUUUCAGUCGACUUCAAUGCACUAGAUGCUUUGAGAAAAGUCAGUAAUGGAAAACAGACAAUUAAAGUAGCUCAUUCAGAUACAUGGAAAGAUUCAAGAGCACCAGAAAAUUUAGAGGAAAAAAUUAAACCAUUUGAUUGGACAUUCAGUUCAGAUUAUAGAGGGACUAUAUGCGGUUCGUCUGCAGCUAGUGAAACUGACGAAAGAAUUAAUAUUGAAAAGUUGAAAGAGAAGGAAAAAAUCUUAUUUUACCAGGAACUAAUGUUAUACGAGGAUGAGCUGCAUGAUAAUGGAAUAUCAUCCUGUACUAUUAAAAUAAGAGUUAUGCCAAGUUCAUUUUUUGUUCUUUUGCGGUUCUUCUUAAGGGUGGACAAUGUAAUGGUUAGAAUAAAUGACACAAGGGUGUUUCAUGAUUUUUCAACUGAUUAUAUCCUCAGAGAGUACACGAAUAAGGAGUGCGGUGUUAAAGAGUUAAAACUACCUCUUACUAUGUUUGGAGAUCCAAAUCUGUUGUCUCCUCAUAUCCCGUUAAGGACCGGUAUUUAUGAAAAAAUUGCAUUGGCUGCUUCGAGCUCUUAAGAUAGAAAUAUAAGGUUAUAAUUAGCGAACAAAAGGUAUUUAUAAUAAUAAUUCAUUAUAUUUUUAAAUGCUCAUUUUUGUGAUUGGUUUAUAUAUAAAAAAUAAAACAAUUUUUAAAAUAAUUACUGUUUUUUUUAAUUUCAACCUUUUGUUCUUGUGUCAAGUGUCAAUAUUAUCAAUCAAGAAUUUGUGUUGUGUGUAAAUCAUAAAUUUAUUUUAA